AGACCAGUCUACGACUGCAGACGAAACGCGGCCAAUACAAAAAUAACUUUUCUGAAAAAGCCAGGAAAUCUCGUAUUUCAAUUGAAAAUUAACAAAAAUAUGCAUCAAACAACAAGAUAACAUAUAACUGUUCUGCUGAAGAAGACCCUGCAAAGUAUCCCUUUCAUUUUACACUACAAUCUUUCACAAGAACUUGAAGAAGACUCUCCAGAUUUUGAUUUAUAAAUAUAAGACUUUAAAAGGAAGAAAAACAAGAAGUUCUUCAUUUUCUACAUGGACCAAGUAUCAGAACUUGGGGAUGCACUUCCUUGUACCAACAAUAAUGUUCCAAUAUUCCAUGUUGAAGUGUGCCAGAAGCCAACAAGCGCUGCUAGAAAUAAUAUUGUUUGUGAGAAAGUACAGGCCUUGUUAAAAAGGCAUAAAAUGGCUUAUGGAGAUUUGUAUAUAAUGGAUUUUGAUGACAGCUUCCUGCAAGAGCAUGUUCAGUCAGUCUUUUUGUGUGAUACAGAUUUAGCAAAUUCAGAGAAAAAGGGAAUAGAUUUAACAGGGAACAAUAUUCAGAUACAUGUGUACCAGUUACAGGAUGAUGGACCUGGUACAGAGGAAUUAGAUGAUGAAGAUCUAGCCGCUGCUAACCAUUGGUUGUUACCUUCUACAGACUUUCAUGGGAUGUGGGACAGUUUAGUAUUUGAUGAUGAUAUUAAAGGAAAUUUGUUGAACUAUGCAGCAACUACUCUUUUAUUCUCUGACAGAAAAGUAGAUACAAAUGUGAUAUCCUGGAACAAAGUAAUAUUGCUUCAUGGGCCUCCAGGAACUGGCAAGACCUCAUUGUGUAAAGCAUUAGCACAAAAAUUAGUGAUCAGACUAUCUGAUAGGUUUAAAUAUGGACAGCUGAUAGAAAUUAACAGUCAUAGUCUGUUUUCUAAAUGGUUCUCAGAGAGCGGUAAAUUGGUGAUGAAGAUGUUUAUGAAAAUUCAGGAGCUUAUUGAUGACCAGGAGUCUUUAGUUUGUGUUCUUAUUGAUGAGGUAGAAAGCUUGACUUCAGCCAGAAAAAGUGCUCUAUCCGGAAGUGAACCUUCAGAUGCCAUUAGAGUUGUAAAUGCUUUACUGACUCAGAUAGAUCAAAUAAAAAAACACAACAAUGUGAUGAUUUUAACGACUUCAAAUGUAACUGGAGCAAUAGAUCUUGCUUUUGUUGACCGUGCAGAUAUUAAACAGUAUAUCGGACCUCCUUCACCUGGAGCCAUUUAUAAAAUAUAUCUGUCAUGUAUAUGUGAAUUAAUGAAGGCCAAAAUAAUAAGUCCUGCUCAACAAAUGUUUGACCUGAGACAAUUAGAAGUAAUGAGAUUCAUGCAGAAUGAUGCAACUAAACUUAGUUUACAGCUCAGGGACAUUUCUAUAAAAAGUCACAGUUUAAGUGGAAGAACACUUAGAAAACUACCAUUUAUUGCCCAUGCAAUGUUUGUACAAUGUUCUUCUGUAACAUUAGAAGACUUUAUGAAAGCAUUAGACAAGGCGGUUGAAAGACAGUUUCAAGAAAGAGCUGACUUAUCAAGAGAAUGAUAACAGAAAAUAUUUAUUGUAGACGUCUAUUAUUUUAUAGUUAUCCUAUUAAAAAUAAAAUUUGCAUAUUUUUGAGAUGAAAUGUUAUAUAAACAUCUGUUUAAUCACAAGAACUUUUAAAUAUUAUUUUGUUUCAACUGCAAAAAAAGUUCAAAUCAAAUUCCAUAGACUUUUCUCUAGGGUCAGUUCUUCACAUCAGGAAAACUAUUUGUAUUGUAAACUCUUCAAUAUUUGUAAUACAAUAGUCAGUUUUGAAAUAAAGACUUUGGGAAAGAACUAUACCAAUCAAAGAGAAAUCAUAGCAAAAUUGAUGUCAAAGUUUCCAAUACAAUUUGUUCUAUGAAUAAAGUAAAUGUGGCUAUCAACAUCAAGCUUUGUUGAUAACGUUUUAGUGUUAUAAGAGAUAAGGAUUCAGUUAUUGAAUUUUUGUUUACUGGUAACUUAACCAGUGUUAAGGAUAGAUUUAUCAUUAUGAGAGAGAAGAGCUGAGAAAGAAAGAAAAAUGACAUAACCAUAUGUGAUAUUCUGUUCCAUUAU